AUGUCUAUCACAGCCUUUCCUUAUCUCAAACUUCUGUUGCCAUAUAGUCUCUCUACCCUACCUCAGUCUGUUGCCAUCAGUCUCUCUACCCUACCUCAGUCUGUUGCCAUCAGUCUCUGUACCCUACCUCAGUCUGUUGCCAUCAGUCUCUGUACCCUACCUCAGUCUGUUGCCAUCAGUCUCUGUACCCUACCUCAGUCUGUUGCCAUCAGUCUCUGUACCCUACCUCAGUCUGUUGCCAUCAGUCUCUGCACCCCUACCUCAGUCUGUUGCCAUCAGUCUCUGUACCCCUACCUCAGUCUGUUGCCAUCAGUCUCUGUACCCUACCUCAGUCUGUUGCCAUCAGUCUCUGUACCCUCCUCAGUCUGUUGCCAUCAGUCUCUCUACCCUACCUCAGUCUGUUGCCAUCAGUCUCUACCCUACCUCAGUCUGUUGUCAGUCUCUCUACCUCAGUCUGUUGCCAUCAGUCUCUCUACCCUACCUCAGUCUGUUGCCAUCAGUCUCUCUGCCCUACCUCAGUCUGUUGCCAUCAGUCUCUCUGUUGCCACUCAGUCUCUGCCCCCUACCUCAGUCUGUUGCCAUCAGUCUCUGCCCUCAGUCUGUCAGUCUGUACCCUAUCUCAGUCUGUUGCCACCAGUCUCUGUACCCUACCUCAGUCUGUUGCCACCAGUCUCUGUACCCUACCUCAGUCUGUUGCCAUCAGUCUCUGUACCCUACCUCAGUCUGUUGCCAUCAGUCUCUGUACCCUACCUCAGUCUGUUGCCAUCAGUCUCUGUACCCUACCUCAGUCUGUUGCCAUCAGUCUCUGUACCCUACCUCAGUCUGUUGCCAUCAGUCUCUGUACUACCUCAGUCUGUUGCCAUCAGUCUCUGCACCCCACCUCAGUCUGUUGCCAUCAGUCUCUGUACCCCUACCUCAGUCUGUUGCCAUCAGUCUCUGUACCCUACCUCAGUCUGUUGCCAUCAGUCUCUGUACCCCUACCUCAGUCUGUUGCCAUCAGUCUCUGUACCCCAGUCUGUUGCCAUCAGUCUCUGUACCCUACCUCAGUCUGUUGCCAUCAGUCUCUGUACCCUACCUCAGUCUGUUGCCAUCAGUCUCUGUAGUCUGUUGCCAUCAGUCUCUGUACCCUACCUCAGUCUGUCAUCAGUCUCUGUUGCCUCAGUCUGUUGCCAUCAGUCUCUGUACCCUACCUCAGUCUGUUGCCAUCAGUCUCUGUACCCUACCUCAGUCUGUUGCCAUCAGUCUCUGCCAUCAGUCCCUACCUGUCUGUUGCCAUCAGUCUCUGUACCCUACCUCAGUCUGUUGCCAUCAGUCUCUGUACCCUACCUCAGUCUGUUGCCAUCAGUCUCUGUACCCUACCUCAGUCUGUUGCCAUCAGUCUCUGUGCCCUACCUCAGUCUGUUGCCAUCAGUCUCUGUACCCUACCUCAGUCUGUUGCCAUCAGUCUCUGUGCCCUACCUCAGUCUGUUGCCAUCAGUCUCUGUACCCUACCUCAGUCUGUUGCCAUCAGUCUCUGUGCCCUACCUCAGUCUGUUGCCAUCCAGUCUCUGUACCCUACCUCAGUCUGUUGCCAUCAGUCUCUGUACCCUACCUCAGUCUGUUGCCAUCAGUCUCUGUACCCUACCUCAGUCUGUUGCCAUCAGUCUCUGUGCCCUACCUCAGUCUGUUGCCAUCAGUCUCUGUACCCCACCUCAGUCUGUUGCCACCAUCAGUCUCUGUACCCUACCUCAGUCUGUUGCCAUCAGUCUCUGUACCCUACCUCAGUCUGUUGCCAUCAGUCUCUGUACCCUACCUCAGUCUGUUGCCAUCAGUCUCUCUCCCUCCUCAGUCUGUUGCCAUCAGUCUCUCUACCCCUACCUCAGUCUGUUGCCAGUCUCUCUACCCCUACCUCAGUCUGUUGCCAUCAGUCUCUCUACCCUACCUCAGUCUGUUGCCAUCAGUCUCUCUAAAUCGAUUUGCCUCAGUCUCUCUAACUCAUUCCGUUCCCUCCCGAUCUGUAACUUGUUCCCCCUGCCUCAAGUUUAUAUGAUUCAUUCCAUGCCCCCAAGUAUCUCUGGGACUCGUUCCGUGCCCUUCCCUCCACUCUCUGUUCUCCCCAGUCUCUUUAACUCAAUCCAUUUGCCUUGCUGUCUCUUCCUCAGUUUAAUUUCUAGUCAUCGAAAUACUGAUCCGUUGAUAUUAGCUGCUCUGAAGCAUUGUACAAUUCCAUACCAUUUAAAUUCCUUUUGA